GAUCAACCCCGCAGGGAUCACCCGUCGACACCUCAGGCUUCCUUCAUCCUCAUCAACCCCCGCACCACAGCUUCAAUCAUAGCUUCAAGCUCCUACACGCAACAUCUAGUAUCAGACCUCGAGAGCCAAGCUGCAGAAACAACAACCAAAAUGCUCUCCCUGGUUCUGACUGCCGACCUGCAGGGUGUGACGGAGCUCCGCCCGAAGGAUACUGAGGAAGACCCGUACUAUUACACCUUCAAGGUCCUCUGCAGCUCGUGCAGAGAAGAGCACCCGAACUGGGUCAGCUUUACGCGUUAUGAAAAACAUGAUAUCCCAGGGAGCCGCGGCGAAGCGAACUUUGUAUGGAAAUGCAAGCUGUGCGGGAAAACACACUCUGCUAGCAUCUCUGCAGGGCCCAAUGCAUACGAAGCCACAGAAAAUAACCGGUCGAAAGGACAGAAGGUAGUCGAGUUUGACUGUCGCGGUCUUGAGUUUACACAAUUUAAGCCUGAUGGCGAGUGGGAGGCCAAGGGAGCAGAAACGUCCACUGCUUUCACGGGUAUCGACUUGACUGAGGGGGAAUGGUACGACUAUGAUGAGAAAGCGAGCGAGGAGGUCAGUAUCAAGGACAUCAACUGGGAGGUCAAGAACGUGAAAUAAAGCAGCCGUUUUGAUUUCCUAUGGUCGCUGAUAAUUCAGAAAGGUAGUUAUUUAGUUAAACUGGCGUCGGUGUAUUCUAGUGGGUAAUGAAUGACUUUUUUCAGCGUAGUCGAAAUAUGAGCAGAAGGGUUGCAAUAAUACCAUUCAAGAAUCUAAACUCGUUAAGUAGGCAAAGAGAUGGCCUCAGUAAAAUGGACUGGUGCGGC